AUGAAGUCACCUAUGCGAAUAAGAAUCAAUUUGUUCUUCAAACUAAAAAUUUCUUUAUUAUAUAUAUUUUUAUUUUUGGCCAUUUUUUUGUCGAUUCAAACUAAUGCGCAGCAAUUAAAUCCAGCACCGGGUCCUCGCGAUGAGCCAUGUCUUGUAGCUUAUGAAGAUAGAGUAUAUGUAUUUGGUGGGACUGGAAAUGAUGCAAAGAACAGUUGGUUUAGUUAUGUAAAAGCACCAUUUAAUACUCAAAGCUUGAAUUGGGUCGCAAUGCCUACGACUGGUUCACAUAAUGCGAGCGAAAGACCUGCUUGUGGUGUGACUUCCGCUGGUGUAUUAAUAGUGACAGGUGGUGGAUCAACUUCUGAUCCAAAUUAUAGUGGUAUACAGGCUUUUGAUCUAAGUAAAGGAGCGAGUGGUACAUGGUAUACACCACAAACUACAGGUCUUGACACUGUUAAAUACCUACAAUAUCGCAAUAGUCAUAGACUCGUUAUAUUUACCACUUCUGCUGGCGAAGAAGUGCUGUUCCAAUUUGGUGGUUCACCAUCAAACGAUACAUAUAUACUUCAUAUUUCCAAUAUGACAUGGGAAACGAUACCAAUAGACUCGACAACUCCACCGCCAAAUGGAUUAUUCGGUAUAGCAUAUUCUAAGGAUAAUGUGUAUAUAGUUGGAGGAAGUUCGGAUUUUAAUACCGGUGUGUUCGCCGAUGUAUGGGGUUUCAAUGUUCCUACACGUAAAUGGUUUGAUCCGAAAGCAACAAUGCCUAGCGCAUGGUUUGAUGGACAUAUAGGACAUCUAAAUGAUACUUUUUAUAUGGUUUCCAGUGAUACCACUGGUCCUAGCUCAGCAAUGAGAGUUUGGACGCUAUCAAACAACUCUUAUUAUACUUACACUUCCGGAUCUAUGGCCACAGUAGGCCAUUCUUAUUAUGCUAGCGCGCAACUUCAUGGCAGUGAUGCUUUAGUUUGCUAUGGUGGAAGCACAAAAAACAGUAGUGCGGCUGGUGAUAUAAAUACCUAUCUUGGAAAUACCGCUGAUUUUUUAGUCUUCAACAUGACUCAAAAAGCAUGGGUUACUAACUACAAUUAUUUGACAAAUGCACCGAUGGAUCAAUUUAUUGGUGGUCCCUUGGCUCCUAAUCAGAAUGACCCAUUCCUAAAACCCCUUACUUCAUCUUCACAAGGAAAUAGCACCAGGCCAAAUGGUUCAGCAGGAAACAAUAAUUCUAAUAAUUCAUCCAGCAAUAAUAAUUCAGCCAGCAAUAAUAAUUCUUCAUCACCUCCUCUAAUGUUAUACAUUAUCAUAGGAGGAGUCGUGAUCCUUAUAAUAGCAGCUAUUGUAGCUUUCUUCUUCUUUAGAAGAUAUCGUAAGAGACAAAAUGAAAAUUCCAAUAUUUACUCACUCGAAAAAGAAGAUACUCUUGACCAGAACCCUAAUUUAGAUUAUAAAUCCAAUAUAAAAGCAUAUCAUCCAGCUCAGUUUAAUUUAUCUCCUGAAAAAAAUCAAGAUUUGCCAAAAUUUGGAACUCAGCAUACUAUACGUGUACAUACAACUGCUAAUUCUCGAUUUAAGGAUGAAAUAUUCAGUCGUCACAAACUUACUGCUAUGGUUUAUAAUCAACCUGACGCUGCUUUCAUAAUGCCAUCUGCUCCCACUGGAACCAUCAUUCUCCAACGUUAUAGGCUUUGUGGAAAUUCUGCUUAUGGUGGAAAUAAUACAAUACGUCAAGCUAUAGAUGUACAAACAGAUGAUCAAGUUGCUAUUAAAUUUUUCCAGAAUUUUGAAUCUUUUGAACGAGAAGUCGUCAUGCUUAAAUACUUACGCUCUCGUCAUGUCGGAGAGUUGUUAGCAUUAUAUGAACUUCCUUCAAAAGAGGAUUGGCCUUAUGUUAUAAUUUUAAAUUAUUAUCCUCAAAGUAUGGAUAAUUUGAUUAUAACCAAGUUAUCCUCAAUGGAUGCUCUGUAUAUUAAACUGUUAGUUAAAUCUAUCACGCAAGCUAUUCAUUAUCUUCAUAAUAAUAAUGUUGCUCAUUUGGAUAUUAAACCCGGUAAUUUUGUACAUGAAAAGGCUGAUAAUACAGCAUGGCGUCUUGUGGAUUUUGAAGCGGCAAGAUUUGUAGGAGAAGAGUAUGUUGACGAUUGUUCACCUAUGUAUUGUCCACCCGAAGUAUUCAAUGCAGCUUUUAAUAAGCAGCCUAUAAUUGCUUCAACUUCAAUGGAUAUAUGGUCACUGGGUUGUAUAAUCUUUGAACUAUAUACAAAAACACCACUUUUCUACUCUGAAGAAGAUGCCAUUGAUAAAUUGACCAAAAGUUUUACUAAAGGAGAAUUAGUAGAUUUUCCAAUAAAUAAAAUUCCUGAUCAACAAGCUAGAAAUAUCUUGUUAAAAAUGUUGGCAGUCAAUCCAUCUGAAAGAAUCUCGUGCGAACAAAUUCUUCGUUCUGCCUUUUUAAAUUCAGUAAACCAAAAUACCAAUACAAUUCUCUCAGUACUCCAAGAAACAACUAACCUUAUCCUCAGGCAAAUUGAUGUAGUAGUAAACAGUAUAACUGACACAAUGGAUGCUGCAACACCACGUCUAUAUGUUUUAUUACCAGGUCAAGAUGCUAAAUCUAUAUUUCGACCACAUACUUGGGGAAAGAAUACGUUUAUCUUGCACCUUCUUUGUGAAGGUCUAGAUCCAAAUAAUCAAGAAGCACAUUUUACAAGACAUAGGGGUUACGAAAUUCAUGAUCCGAAACCAUUAUUAAGAAAGGCUGGUCCAUAUCUUUCUAUAAUGGCGACAGUUAUCUCUACAGGGCUUUGUCAUGCUUUACAUUUGAAUACUUCACCUGAUAUCAGUGGCAUGCUUUCUGGCGUUUCAACUCGACCUACUGAAUAUUUUAAGCAACUAACGAAAAUGCUUGAUUCGGAAAUUACAAAUCCAGCAGAAACAAGAGAUAUUGAAAGAACAAGAAAGGAUCCUGUUGGUCGAAUGAAAGUUGUUCAAGGUGCUGCAUUACGAGAACUUGAGGCCUUUUUAGCAAUGAAUGAUCAAGGAAAAGAGUGGGGUGGUCUCCAACGUGUUGUAUUGGAAAAUGGAAGAUGGAGAUGGGUAUGCGAACAUUGUCAUAGUCGGUUAGAGACUUAUGAAGAUUCUUAUUCUGUUGAAGAUGAUGAUAGUAGUUUCGGAAUGGCCAUAUGA